AAUUUUGAUUAGUCCAGAAAGGCACAUGAGGUUCCUUUUUAUAAAGCAGAAAGUUUGCUAUAUUAUAGACAAAGAGAGGGAGAGACCCUGGGUGUUGGUGGCCAAACAAGUUUGGCAAUCCUCCAAAAAAAAUGUGCCACCUUGCCUUUUAGACUUUGGUGAAAUGAUGUAUCAAUGCUUCACCAACACAAUUCCUUCAUCAUUAACUUGGGAUAUAAUGAGAAUGGCAGGCAAUACCCUUCAUCUACUUGUGAUUCUACUGGCUUUCUCUAACCUUAUCUCCUUGAAUGCUGCCCCAAUAUCAAGGGCAAGAAAUCUAUUGCAUGACAGUAAAGAUAUUGCAGCUUCAAGGAGUAUCCGUGGGGCAAUCACAAAGCAAUCCGUGGAAGAAGAGCUCACCAAUGGCGGGAGUGACUUGGAAUCUGCUGAUUAUCCAGGAUCAGGGGCUAAUCACCGCCACACUCCAAUGCCGCCAGCAGGGAUACACUAAAUUAUUUGUUUAGUUGUUGUUUGUGUUGGAUUUACAACCUCAAGAAAGAACUACUUGUGUUAAUACAGCUUCUUGGGUAGGAUGUUUCUUGAUGUUUAACUUUCUCAAGAAUCAAGGAUUCUUCCACUAAGAUGGGAAGAGGUUUAGUAGCAAGAACGUAAAAGAUUCAUUUGUUUCAUUAUCCUGAAACUCAGCAUUAAAAAACACAAAAACAAGAAAAAACAAAAACAGGAUGAUCUUCAAGUAUAAAGCUGAUCUUAUUGUCUCUGGAAUUUAUGCAUUUGUCAUAGUUAGACUACUGUUUGA